AUGGAAGCCGCCUGGCGCAGAGCAAUCCCCACCACCCCCUUCCGUUUCCACGUGGCCUCAGCCCAAUGGAAAUCCCUCUCCAGUCUGGGGCCUCCAGGUCCGGGAGCGUUUCCGAGCCUGACUUCUGACCGUAGGAGCCCCGUGCCUGGUGGUCCAGAUUCGUCGUAUCAGCAGCGGUCGCCUCACCACGAGGGGGAGCCUGGCGCAUCUGGGUACCCGCAGUGGGGGGGACAGGGACCAGGGGGCCCGCGCGAAGGCCCGCGGGGGGGAGCGUACGGGGGGACGCCGCCAGGUGGUUCGCUGCGGAGCUCGCCUAACCCCUCUGCGUGGUCGACCUCCACCGUGCGUCCCUUCCCCUGGCCCUUUCUCCGUCCCUCUCCUCUUCCCUCUCCUCUUUCCUCUCCUCGUCCCUCUCCUCGUCCCUCUCCCUCUCCUCGUCCCUCUCCCUCGCCUCGUCCUUCUCCCUGUCCCGAUCCUCGUCCCUCUCCCCGUCCCUCGCUCGACCCUCGCUUGCGUCACUCCCAACGUCCCUCUCCUGCGUCCCUCCUUCCCGUCGGUCGCCGGUUCGACCGUCAUGGCGAAUCGGACGGCAAAGGAGGGCAGUUCCAUCUGUCGGCGGGAGAUUUUCCCUCGCUGGGAUCCGAACAGGCCAAGCAGCAGCAGCUGCAGCAGCAGCAGGAGCAGGAGCAGCAGGGGCAGCAAGGCCAGCAGCAGCAGCAACAGCAGCAAGAGGGUUCGCGUCAUCCGAGUGAGCAGGACGGUGCCGGGUAUUACCGAGGGAGGGACGACGGGCAGGAGCACGGAGAGCACGGGCGGCGUGGUGAAGGGCCCAUGGGAUGGGACCAGGGCAUGGGGCGCAGGCCUGGCGCGGGGCCGGAGCAGAUGAUGCCUGCGCGCUGGCAUCCGCACCCCCCGGGCCCCGGAGGCGCGGGCUUUGAGGAUCCCCCUCCGCACGGCAUCUGGCCUGCGCACAGGGCGGACCGUAUGCCUCCCCCUCCUGGGGACACGUGGCACCGCGGCGGCCCUGAUGGUGACACGUGGCGUCAUGGAUCUGGUGGGAGCGGUGGGGACGGGGGUGGCGGAGGUGGAGGCGGAGGAGCGGGGGCGACGUGGCGGAGGUGUGAGGAACAGGACCAGGCGCGGGUGGCGCAGCAGGAGGGGGGGGGGCCGGGGGAGAACUGGCGGGGGCCGCCAGGGAUGGCCCCGCCAAUGGGGUAUGGGCGUGGCGGGGGACACCCAAUGUAUCGCGGACCAGAAGGCCCGGAGUUCGGGUUUGCGCACGGGGCCGGGCGGGGGGGCCCUCCGCCUGGGGCAAUGUACGACGGGCCCAUGCGCCCGGGGAUGAUCCCCCCGCACGGCUACGGCAUGCACAUGGAUCCGCGGGGAGGGGGGAGGUUUGGCGCGCGGUAUGGCCCGGGGCAUGGGCCGGGCGUGGGGAUUCCGCAUGGUCCGCAAGGGAGAGGCGCGGGCCCGCAGUUUGACAUGCCCCCCGGAAUGUUCCCACCUCCCCCGCCGUUUGACCAUUUCCAUGCGCCGCUGGGGCAGGGCCGUCCGCCUUUCCGCCCCAUGGGCGCGCACGAGUUCAUGGGCGCGGGGCGGGGAGGCCCCCAAGGGUUCGACGGGCGCGGGGGCAUGGCGCGGGAGCAUGCGGGGCGCGGACAUGGCCGUCCGCCCAUGGAGCCGUACGGUCCGCGCGGGGAAAUUGGCGCCGGGGAUGGAUGGCAGGGGCAGCCUUCUGCGCCGGGGGUGGCUGACGAGGGGAAACGGAGGGGAGGGGAAGCCGGGGAGGCUCAAGAAGGUAGCGAAGCGCAGCGGAAGGGGCAGGAGCAGUCUCAGCAGCAGCAGCAGUCACAGUCGCAGCAGCAGCAGCAGCAGACUCAGUCGCAACAGCAGCAAGCUUCGCAGCCGCAUCGGCCAUACCACAAGGAUCACCACAUUGGGAUCGACUGGGCCUCUGCAGAGAGCGAAACCAUGGACUUUUCAAAACCCGCGUUUGAGGAUGACCCGUUUCUGGGUAGAGCACCGGAGGGGACUCCGCGCGGGACAGAUGGAGGUAAGGGGGAACAGGGGGCGCGGGAAUCUGGGAGGGGCGCGGAAAGCGCUGGAAGAACGCAGCCGGAGCAGGUGCGCAUUUUGAAGCGGCCGGAGGGUGGGGCGCCUGGCGGAGAGGCUGUGGCGCAAGGGGUUAGUGCGGGCAGUGGGAAUGCAGGUGUGGCUGCGCAGGUCGCAUCUGGGCCGGUGCCAGCUGCGCAGGCAGCAGCAGGUGCGCAUGCAGCGGGCGUGACCGGUCCGAGCGCAGGGCUUGGGAGGGAGGUCCUGGUUAAGAGCCCGCGGCCGUUCAGCCGAGGCCCUCUGCGGUCGCCGCGGGAGGUGCCUCAAAGGAGAGCCUCUCCCGCUCCUGAUCCCAGUGCUGCACCUGGUUCCGCGCCUGGUGGCUCCGCGCCUGGUGGCUCCGCGCCUGGUGGCUCCGCGCCUGGUGGUUCCGCGCCUGGUGGCUCCGCGCCUGCUGGUUCCGCCGCUGCCGCAUCUGCUUCCGCUCCUGCUGCCGCGCCUGCUGCUGCUGCUCCAGCCACGGGUCCUUCUGCUGUUAAAGCGACGCCUGGUGGCAGUGUAGUCUCAGCACCCGCGCCAGGCGCGCAGGAACAGGGUCCGGGGAGUGGAUUUGCUGCCGCUGGCGGAGCUGGGGCGGGGCGGGGCCGCGGGCGCGGAAGAGAGCAAGGCAGGCUGAGGGGGACGGGGGAGGCGGACGGGCGGUGGAUCCCCGCGCGGCAGCAGGGGGAGGCGCAGGGCAGGGGGGAUGGAGGCGCGGGCAGAGGAAUGGGCGGAAGGGAGGGGCCUGUGCAGGGCCGGAGGGGGGCGGUUGGUAGAGUGGCGGAGAGGGAAGAGCAGGGGCAGCAGAGAGGGGGGGCAGGGCAGGUCGGGCAGGUGGGUACCGGGGCGAGUAUGGCAGGUGGAGUGCCAGGGCAGGGAACUGAACCGGAAGCUCCGAAUUCAGGGGCAGUUGCUGGUUCUGCUACUUCAGGCCUAGCACAGAACUCCAUGGAAGGGGCAGUGGGAGGUGUGGCAGGAGGAGGUGGAGGAGGAGGAGCAGCAGCAGCAGCAGCCGCAGGUGGAAACGUUAAGGCGGAGCCGCUACUCCCCGCGCCUACAUCCGUUCCGCGGAUUAUCAUGGGUCCCCCAAUCCCCCAGUUCCUCGCCCCUGUCGGGCCUUCCCACGGGAUGCGCCAUCCCCAGUUCUUCCCCCACCCGCCCUUCCCCAUGCAGCACAACCUUCCGCCUAACCUUCCGCCCAACAUGCCCCCGAACGCUCCCCCUGGCGCGCGCCCCCCGUCGUUGCUCCCCGGACAGCAGGUGCUGCCUCUGCACCUGCUUCCGCCAGGCCAUGCGCCCCCGCACCAACCUCCCCCCGGCGCGCAUCCGCACGCCCAUCCCCCUGCGCCCCCGACCCCCCAGCAGCACGCACAAGGCGCCAAAGACAGCCUGCUUGCGCUACCCGUGGGAGGGCCCGCCGGUUUCCUCGCGGGGAUGCCUGCGCCAGGGGCGUGGGGGGGCUCUGGGGCACCGGGGGGACAUGGGGUAUCGGGGGGAUCAGGGGAAGGAGCAGCUGGACAGGCGGAGAUAAGGGGGAGGUUGGGGAAGGAGCAGGUGGGGGGAGUAGAGGGAGGGGGAGGAAGCGGGGAGGGCAGAGGAGGAAGGGCGGAAGGGGGAAGGGAGGGGCGGAAGGGGCCGCGGCAGCAGAGGGGUGUGCGGGCGCAGGGGCAGCAACCGCAACAAGGGCAGCAUGGGCAGCAGCACGGGCAGCAGGAGAAAGGGCGGUCAGAGAGUGAACAGCAGAGGUCUGCAGCAGCUGCUGCUGCUGCUGCCGCUGCUGCCAAGGUAGCCCUCUCGGGCAUGCGAGGGGGAGCUCCGGCAGGGAGGGAGGUCAGGGAGGGAGGGGGCGGCGUUGGUGGUGCAGGAGCGGGCGAGGGAUCAGCAGGGGCUGUAGCAACAGGGGGCGCGGGAGCAGUAGGGAGUGCAGCAGCAGCAGGAGCGGGUGGUGGAGGUUCAGGUGUAGGAAUUCCCAUUAGUGGAAACACAGUGGGUGGGGCAGCAGCAGGUGGGGCAGCCGCGGGUGGGGCGUCAGUGGGUGGGGCAGCAUCGGCCGGGCAGGUGGCAAGGGAGCUGGGUGGCCAGCGGGGAGCAUGGCAGGGAGCGCCUGGCAGCGUUGCUGCUAUUGUGAGUGGGGGCCCUGCUGCUGCCACACCCGCUGCACCAGCACCAGCAGCAGCAGCAGCCGCACAGGGAGCAGCAGCAGCAACAGCGGGAGCAGCAGGAGCUACAGCAGCGGCGGCAGCGGCGGCGGUGGCGGCAGCAGCAGCGGCAGGCUCACAGGGAGGUCAUGCAGCAGUGGUGGGCGGUAUGGGCCCUCCUGCUGCCCCUGCCCGCCAGCGCCGCGCUGAGAUGGAGAGGUACGUCCCCAAGGGAGCUUCCAAGGCUGCAUCCGCUGCCACCGCCCCUGCUGGUGGUGCUGGUGAUGGUAUUGCUGGUGGUGCCUCUAGCGCUGGUGCUGCUGCUGCCAAUGGCUCUUCUCUAGCUGCGAAUCCUGCUACUGGUGCUGCUGCUGGUACCGCUGGCACUGCUGCUACCUCCACGCCUUCCUCUGCCCCCUCCACUCCUGCCGCUGGUGACUCGAGCGCCAGCACUGCUGCUUCUGCUUCUGGUGCUGUAGCUGGGACCUCUGGGCCCAAGGGGCAGAGGGCUGGUGCUGGUGGGGACGCUGGGAAGCAGGCAGGAGGAGCAGGAGGAGGAACGGGAGGAGCAGGAGGAGCAGGAGGAGGAAUGGGAGGAGCAGGAGCAGGAGGUGCCCCAUCUGCAGCUGCGUCUGCACCCUCUGGUGGCAGUGUGAGCGGAGCGAGUGGAGGGAGCAAAGGUAUCACUGCUUCUGCUGCACUGGGCACAUUAACUGCUGGGAAAAAGGCUGAGCCUGUUGCUGGUGGGGUGGGCACUGGUGUGAAGGCAACUGGAUGGGGUAGUGCAGGGGGGGUGGGAAUGGGGAGGGGUGUGAGGGGCGGGAUUGUAUGGGGCGGGCGUGGCAGAGGCUUGGGAGGUGGUCCGGGAGGAGGUCCAGGUGUACCAGCGCGAAGUUCGGAACGGCCUCGGGAGGUGAUUAAUGCGACGGGAGGGGCGCUGCCUCAGUCUCUCCGACAGGAUGGGGGAGCGGGAGCGCUUGAGGGAGCAUCUGGAAAAGGGGGAGCUGGAGCAAAGGGUUGA